AUGAGCUACUACUACCAGCUACCAGUGGUGAUCGACAACGGCUCAGGAGUGAUUAAGGCGGGCCUGGCUGGGUCGCGGGAGCCCCAGUUCGUCUACCCCAACAUUAUCGGCCGGGCCAAAGGACAGGGCUGGGUAGCGGAGGGCGCGCUGGAAACGUGUGUAGGUGACCAAGCGCAGGAACGGAGAAACUCGUUGUCCAUCAGCUACCCAGUGGAACGUGGUCUCAUUACUUCCUGGGGGGACAUGGAGGUCAUGUGGAAGCAUAUCUAUGAUCAUAACCUGAAACUAAAGGCCUGUGAUGGCCCAGUCUUGAUUACGGAGCCAGCACUGAACCCACUGGCCAACCGGCAACAAAUCACUGAAGUGUUUUUUGAGCAUCUGGAGGUGCCUGCCUUUUAUAUGUCCAUUCAGGGGGUGCUGGCUCUCUUUGCUGCUGGCUUCACAACUGGUUUUGUGCUGAACUCAGGUGCUGGGGUUACCCAGUGUGUGCCCAUCUUUGAGGGUUACUGUCUGCCUCAUGGUGUCCAGCAGCUAGAUCUGGGAGGCCUUGACCUCACCAACUACCUCAUGACACUGUUGAAGGAGCAGGGCAUCAUGCUGCUUAGUGCUGCAGACAGAAAGAUUGUUGCAGACAUUAAGGAAACUUCUUGUUACGUGGUAAUGAACUACGAAGAGGAAAUGGCCAAGAAACGUGAUUCUAUAGAGAAAGUUUACCAGCUACCUGAUGGGACGAUGAUCAAGCUCUAUGACCAACUCUUUCAUUGUCCAGAGGCCCUCUUCUCUCCACGUCUUAGGAACCUUCAGACCCCUGGCAUCGAUAAGUUGUGUUUCAACAGCAUAAUGAAAUGCGAUACAGAUCUAAGGAACUCGUUUUUCUCCAAUAUUAUCCUUGCUGGGGGAUCAACCUCUUUCCCCGGUUUAGACAAGAGGCUAGUUAAAGGUGUAGCAAAUAUGGUACCUGCCAAUACUCCUGUGCAAGUUACAGUUCCCCCAGAAAGGAAACUAUCAGUGUGGAUGGGAGGCUCUAUUCUUGCAUCCCUGUCUGCUUUCCAGGACAUGUGGAUCACUAAGGCAGAAUUUAAAGAAGUUGGACCCAACAUAGUACAUCAAAGAUGCUUCUGAAUACAGAUAAAAUGGUUAGAAAAAAAUGCUUUGAGUAUAUGUGACAGAAAACUUUGGAUAUCAUAUGUGUCUGAGAGAACAGAAAGUAUUUCAGUUGUUGGAAUGUCCAUGUCUCUUCCAUUUCUGUGAUGGGUGAAGCAAACAACCUGUUUCUGGAGUAGAACCAAAUUAAAUGCUAGAGGAAACAUUA